AGCAGCUUGAAUACAGGGAAAUAACCAGCAGGAGCAGUCAAGAGUGGAGCUCAGCAGAAAGCGGGCACUGCUUCCUGGAUGGAAACAAAACGCAGUAACAAAGCACACUCACACAAACACACACACCUACACACACGCCUGACAGGCGAGAGCAGGACGUUUAAACAUGUUUUGAGUUUUUCUUUAAGCCCGGCGCGUGUUUGAGAGAGUCGGUAACGGGGCGACGGUGGAAUUAGGCGGUGACAGCGGAGGUAAUUCUAACAGCAGACUGUAUCAACACAUGUGCCUGUGCCACAGUAAGAGCACUGCGGCUGUGGAUCUGGACUCAGGCAGCUCCUACACCAAGUGGUCCACGGGCAAGGAACAUGGAGGCUGCAGCUCCUCUCCGUCCCCAGCAGAAGGGCUAGAAUCAGCCUGAUUCCUCCCUUACCUGCCUGCCUGCAUCGCCCAGCAUGGCCAGCAGGACUCCCACUCUGAGGAGGGAAGCCGGGGAUUCGGCACCGGGGACCCCUGAGGCCGGCGCUAACCCCCAGCCAGGGACCUUCUGCAAACUGUGCCUCAGCGAGCAGCCGUCAGCAGCCACCAGGGAACUGCAGCGCUGCAACUGUGUGUUCUGCACAGCGUGUUUGGAGCAGUAUGUUCAGCUGGCUAUCAUGGAGGAUGGGGGGGCCCCCAUCACCUGCCCAGAUAUGGCCUGCCAAAAGGCUGGAGUGCUACUUGACUCUGAGAUAGCUAGCUUGGCCGCGGACGAUCAGGUGGAGCUGUAUCAGCGUCUGAAGUUUGAGAGAGGAGUGAAGUUGGACCCCAGGAAAGCCUGGUGUCCGGUGCUUGAAUGCCAGGCGGUGUGCAGUGUGCAGCUGAGCACUGAGGGCCAGCCCACCGCUGUGCCCUGCCCGACCUGUCACACCAUCUUCUGCUCCGGGUGCAGAGGGCCCUGGCACGAGGGCCAUACCUGCCCUGAGAGCCAGCUCAUGAUGUCGCCCUCACCCGCUGAUGAAAGCAGAGCCCGCUCCGACAGCGACUCCGACAUGCCCAUCAAGCAGUGUCCUGUGUGUGCCAUCUACAUUGAGAGGAACCAGGGCUGUGCGCAGAUGCUGUGUAAGAGCUGCAAACACACCUUCUGCUGGUACUGUCUGCAGAACCUGGAUGGUGAUAUCUUCCUGAGGCAUUAUGAUAAGGGACCGUGCAGAAACAAGCUGGGACACUCCCGGGCCUCAGUUAUGUGGAACAGAACGCAGGUGGUGGGUAUCCUGGUGGGGGUCAGCAUCAUCUUGCUGGUGACGUCUCCGCUCAUCCUGCUGGCCUCGCCUUGCAUCCUGUGCUGCGUCUGCAAGCCCUGCAGCGGGAAGAAGACGAAGAAGAAGAAAAAGAAGAAGGACCUCAGCCAGCCAGACUCCUCCACAUCAUAGCAGCUCCCGUUCUCAUCUGCCCAGCCCGGGAUCAUUCUACUAAUGUCAUGAAGCCCAAGGAAUCUAAGAGAGUGCAAGUGCUUUAUGGUGGAAAAGAAUAACGUUGGAGUAACAAUGGAGUACUUUUCAUUACUCCACAGACUGGAAGCCUUGUCAGUGAUUCAGUAACACUGUCAAGAUCAACAAGUGCAGACUUGCAUCUUACAGCUCUGUGAGGGAGCUGCUCAGAAAUCGCUCUUGAAUUACAAGUGCUUUAUAUGGUGGAAGUGUAAAUAUGAGGAGAAUGAAUGUAACUCACCUGGUUGUUUUUCAGAUGCACAACAGGUAGUAAGGAGACGGCGGCGGCUGUAAGAGUUUUCCUGGACACACACACACACACACACACACACACACACACACACACACACACACACACACACAGUUCAAAGUGCAACGCCACCCUCAUGUGCCAAACGUCAUGAUGCCAAACCAGAGGUGUUAGGUGCUCAAGUGCCUCACUCUACAGUGCCUGGUGCUUGCUUGUAUUUGUUUUGCCUUCCAUUCUAUCUUUAUCUUAUGCAAAAAAAUUAGCAUUAUGAAAAUUAAGAACCGUCAGGAUUAAACAGGGUUAUAAACCCCUAAACAAUGCAAAGCAUUCUUUCAUAAUGGGAGAAGGCAAACGCCUGGGGUCAUGUGUGCACUGUAUAUUCUGUACUGAUAUGAAAUAUGAUAGGGCUUCAAUGGUGCACAGAGAACUUUCCUUCUGCAAAUGUUUGUUGUUUCCACCUGGCAUACGUUCCAGACCAAAGGCUCUAAAGGAUAAUGUGUACUUUUCUAAAAGUGUGUCAAUGUAUAUUUAUGGGUUAUGUGUGUAUGGUUAUCAUUUCUACAUUUUUGUUGAUGUUUCUGCAUCAGAUAUUUUAUAAAAGCGCCAUUGUAAUUGAAAUAAACAUACUGUAUUGAACAUG